UUGAUGUUACCUGUCCUCGGUCCACUUGAAUCUGUUGAGAGAGCUGAGUCCUGUGUGUGCCUAGGCCCUGCCACAGGUACCUGGACGGCCUGCCUGUUUAGGCGAGGUCGUGCAUGUCCCUGGCCCCUUGUGGUCCCUGCUUUGGAUGGUGUGGGGCACAUCCAUCUGAACGCACAUCACUUCCAAGACCAAGGUUUUGGAACUUUGAUGUUACCUGUCCUCGGUCCACUUGAAUCUGUUGAGAGAGCUGAGUCCUGUGUGUGCCUAGGCCCUGCCACAGGUACCUGGACGGCCUGCCUGUUUAGGCGAGGUCGUGCAUGUCCCUGGCCCCUUGUGGUCCCUGCUUUGGAUGGUGUGGGGCACAUCCAUCUGAACGCACAUCACUUCCAAGACCAAGGUUUUGGAACUUCUAUGUUGCCUGUCCUUGGUCCACUUGAAUCUCUUGAGAGAGCUGAGUCCUGUGUGUGCCUAGGCCCUGCCACAGGGCCCUGGAUGCCCUGCCUGUUGAGAAGAGACUGUGGAUGUCCCCGAGCCUUGUGGUCCCUGCUUCGGAUGAUGUGGGGCAGCAUCCAUCUGAACGCAUAUCACUACCAAGGCCAAGGUUUUGCAAGGAAGCCCUUCUCCUCUCCCAUCUCAGUAUUAGACCAUCGGACCUUGGGACACGGGACUCAGGCCGCUGACUCUGCAUCCCUCACAAGUGCACAGAGCUGCCUGCCCUUUUGCCUUGUGUCCAUCCUGGAGCGGCCUUCUGCCAGGGCCCUGGAUGCCCUGCCUGUUGAGAAGAGACUGUGGAUGUCCCCGAGCCUUGUGGUCCCUGCUUCGGAUGAUGUGGGGCAGCAUCCAUCUGAACGCAUAUCACUACCAAGGCCAAGGUUUUGCAAGGAAGCCCUUCUCCUCUCCCAUCUCAGUAUUAGACCAUCGGACCUUGGGACACGGGACUCAGGCCGCUGACUCUGCAUCCCUCACAAGUGCACAGAGCUGCCUGCCCUUUUGCCUUGUGUCCAUCCUGGAGCGGCCUUCUGCCAGGUGGGAAGCCCGAGCUGGGUCUAGGGCCCCAUUGAGUUGGGUGGUCGUCUCCCUUGGUGUAACACCUUCCAUCCCACUGCCCUAGAAGAACCGGGUACAGCCUUGGAGGCCCCUCUUGCCGGGCCACCUUGACCUGGAAGCUUGGGUCAGCAGACCCAAGGCCAUCCUGGCAGCUGUACUGGUCACCCUGGUGGGUGGAGUCAUGUACAUAGCCACUGGAUCUCUGAAAGCUGCUCUGUGUGUGGGGUGUGUGUGUGUGUGUGUGUGUGUGUGUGUGUGUG